GCUGCCGCGUAGCUGGUGGGGGCGGCUCUGCCAGGCGCCGUGCAGGAACGGAGGCGGCAGCCGUGCCAUUCUUAAAGGGGCCCAAGGGGAGGCGAAAGGCUGCUGACGGCCGGAAGGAAAAUGAGCGAGUCUUUGGUGGUUUGUGAUGUUGCUGAAGAUUUAGUGGAAAAACUGAGAAAGUUUCGUUUUCGAAAAGAAACAAACAAUGCUGCCAUUAUAAUGAAAAUUGAUAAGGAUAAACGCCUGGUGGUGCUGGAUGAAGAGCUUGAGGGCAUUUCACCAGAUGAACUUAAAGAUGAACUACCUGAACGACAACCUCGAACCUUCAUUGUGUAUAGUUAUAAAUAUCAACAUGAUGACGGAAGAGUUUCAUACCCUCUGUGCUUUAUUUUCUCCAGUCCUGUUGGAUGUAAGCCUGAACAACAGAUGAUGUAUGCCGGGAGUAAGAAUAAGCUAGUCCAAACAGCUGAACUAACCAAGGUAUUUGAAAUAAGAAAUACUGAAGACCUAACUGAAGAAUGGUUACGUGAGAAACUUGGAUUUUUCCACUAAUGUGAACUUCUGUGUUUCUAAAGUAUUUAUGUAUUAACCUGACCAUACUGGAACUAGACAUAAAUACUUAUUUAUGCCUAAAAAAUGCACUGUUACUUACAGUUUGUUUCCUGCAGUAAAGAAAAAUUCUUCAUUUGUUCAAAGUUUGAACAAAGGGGAAAUCAUCUUCAUAGUAAUGAAACUUUGUAAAGUGUUUCCUUAUAUUUGUAAUUGUUAGGUAGACACUUCUCUCCAGGGACUUUUUGCACUCUUGUGACUAAUUUCUAUAACUUAUGGUUCAGAAUUUGUUACUACUUACAGACACCAUUGGAAAGUGGGUAUUAGAUUGUGAUAGACAACAGUUGCCUCCUUUUGACAAAUAACUGGAUAUUAGCAGUUUAUAUAUGAAAAUAGCAUAUUAUCACUUGCCAAAUCUUUGAAAUCAAUUUGGGAUAAGGGACUUGAGUGACCCAAUUUUGAGCCGUGACUAAUAAUUUACUGUAGUGUAACCUAUAUUACAAGUACUUUUUCAUCAAUUCCAUGCCUUCUUUAGUUUUCUAUAUCUUUUUAAUAAUCAAGUCCAGAAACUUUUCAUCAAUUGCUUGUUCUUAAGAUCUGGAAGUUAGAUUUUAUAAUAAAGUUGUGACUAUUAAGUUUUCUUCUUAUGGAAAAUAGCAUUUUAGUCUUAGAAAUUGAUGGAUUGUAACUAAUCAAGGGCUUCAUUGUGUCAUUUCUAGAUAGUUUUGAAUCUAGUUAACAAGACUUUAUUUAUAAAGCACCUCUUAAUGUUGUCCUGUGAAUACUAGUUAUUUUACAUGUGUUAAUACUGUGCCUUUGAUUUGUUAGCUUUAAAGUUAGUUUAAGACUUUUACACUGCCAGUAUUCCAGAUUGGAUGAAAUUAAUACUUUUGUAAAGGGUCCAAAUAAAACAAUUUUUUCUAAUAUAGGUAUCUGAAAUUUGUAAUAAAAUCAACUUAGUAUUUUAAAAAUUCCAACUAUCUACUUGCAUUGGUGUAUAUAUGGCAGUUGAGAAUUACAAUUUGGGGUAUAUUUGUGAUGAGUUUUGUGCCAUAGGAAAAAAAUGACUUACCUUAAAACUUUGGCCAUAGUUAAUGACAUUAACGCAUCAGUAGAAAUCACACCUUAUAUCCUAAGUGUCAGAAGACAUUCUAAACUGGUUACCUGUAUGGUCAAAUGACAGCAUCCUUGACAUUUUUAAAGCAAGGAUUCUUGAUAUAUAGUUUCCUUUAAGAACAUAUAAGAAACUCUUUAACACAAUCUUGACAUUAAUUUGACAGAAGAUCUUGUGACUCUAAAGACAAACCAAAUUUGGUGAGUGAAUUCUUACGUUAAGAAUAUCUUAAUCAUUUCAGAACUAGCAAAGGCAUUUCUUUAUGUUGGCAUAUCCCCCAUUCAUAUGUGUUUUGUGUUUUUACUUUUGAGGUUUCUGUGCCAACUUUAAUAAAGAGGCAAAGAUAGUUGGAAUUUUUACAAUAUUGAAUCUUUUGUUCCCAACACUGUUUGGCUUUACUUAAUCUAAAACACAGGAAGCAAUAGGAAGUUAGUUGGAGAUGAGGACGUGCUAGAGUGGGUAUUUGUUUUGAUUAGUGAGUAGGGAAAGGUUCUUUAUUCCAAUUUCCAGAGAGAGAACUUCACCCAGGAAAUUUAAGAAUCCUUUAAACAGCUAUUUUGAUAUUGGAGAAUAAUGCUUGUAAUUCAGCAGAAAUGCAAAUGUAAUCCAGGUGAAUGGAAACUUUUUCUAAUAUUUUUGAAUGAAGGAAGUAAGAUUUUGUUUCACCUGGUUUGCAGCAGUAAGAGACACUAGUGCUGCAAGAAUGCAUUUUUUAGUGAGGUUCCUUAUUUUGUCUUGCAUGUUUUAGGUGGGUUUUUUUGUUUUGUUUUUUAAUUGGGAUGUCCUCCAUAAUGUCAGAUAAUAUUGACUUCCAUACACAGAACCCUUAGUUCCCUUGGUCUCUUAACAGGGGCAAAGAGCUGUGAUAAACCAUGCUUUUUUGAGCUUGUCAGAUUCCUUAUCAAUAACAUAUAUUUUUGCAAGACAAUAAAUAGAUGAGAUUAGGGAAUCAGUAGGACGUUUUUUCACUUCCUCUGUCCUAUAGGGAGAGUUACAGAUCCCUUUUCCUAGAGUGUUCUCAGACUUAAUAUAAAUUACUCUUUCAUCUAACCAAAUUUUGCAUUGUUCUUUUUAAGUGUAUUUCCUAUUAUCUCGUUUUCUGCCUUCUCUCAAAUAGUAACCCCAGAGUUCCUAAUUCCAAUUUUUACAUUCCAUUUCUGGUACAGCCAUUCCCAUUCAGCCUUAAAUCUUAACCUUUCCAUUUUGGCAACAGCUUUUUUUCCUGGGAACCUCCUUCAUGGUCUUCUAAGUCAGCAUUAGUUUUAAAAUUGUUGGCCUUGCGUAAGUUCUGCAUAACAUCUAAUGUUGUCAAAAUAGAACCAACUAGUAAUCACAGUAUGUUUUUGGUACGGUUUUUGUGGCAACAUAAAUGACAUGUGAAGAAAAUUGUUCUCAGGUUACUAUACUGAAAUUCCAAAAUGUCAAAAGUUUUGAAUAGUAUUCACUUGUUCUGGUAUUGAAGCAAUUAUGUUAGGAAAAAAGUUGUUUGACGACUGUUUUUGUUUAAUUGACUCUAAAAUAAAUGUUCAAAUUGUCUAUUUCUAAAAAGUUUACUAAAUACCUAGUGCGGUAAAAUAUAACUCUUGUUUAAGAGGGUGUUGCUAAAUUUUGUGUUGUCAUUACUAAAUGAUCUUUGUAGCAAAAUGUCUGUAGCACUUUUCUCUCCCUUUUUGUCUCCUAUUUUCAGGAGUCAAACAUAGCCAUAAACUGUAUCUGGUCUGACACUUUAACUAAAAAUUUUCCAGUUAAAGGAGUUUUUUGCCAAAUUAAAUUUGGCCAUCUUUGUUCCUCACCCAGAUAGCUAGUACAGAAGGUGUACUAAAAAAUACGUUUGGACUACUUUAAAACAUGAGCAAUGUCAUUAAUCCAUACUGUGGACUAGUGAUGAAAAGAUAUUUUCAUAAGAGUUUAAAUGCUGAUAUUUAGUGAAAGUAGAGUAACUUGUAAUCUAUCAAUUCAAAUAUUGUUAGAACAGUUGCUUUCCUUAUUUGUUCAAUGACUGAUAAUACUGGAAUCUACAGAAUUUGAGCCUUUACAACUUAUGUGAAGAAGUGUCUCAAACAUUUCUGGACAAAUCUUAUUUUGUAUUUCUGGAAGAAUGUAAAUCUUUUAGGCCGCUUAACACCAAUGGUCCCAGGUGAAUAUUCUUGAGAAAUUUCCUAUUAUGCCAUCUGACAUUUCAAAUCAGUGAUCAUCUUCCUCUGAUAUUUAAAACAGCUACAUUAAGGUUGUGAUAGAAACUGUUUUCUUGCUUUUUGGAAUAUAGUUCAUACACAUGCAAUUACUUGAAUAUUGUUUGAGAUCAUUAACAUGCCAGGGUAGUUCCCACUGAUAUAGACGGUCCAAUGUAAUCUCAUUCAGGAGGCCUGAAACAUUUCUGGUUUAGUCUUGUGAAUUUUAACAGUUUCCUGUCAUCGUUUAACAAAAUCAACAGCUGGCACAACUUCUGAAGCUGUGGUUUCAGUCUGUGCAAGUUCAUAUUGCAUGUUUAUUUUGGACAGUCUUCUGUUAAGCAUGGUGCUUGUACUGGUUUAAAUAAAAUGUUAACAUGAAA